AUGGAUAUGGAUGUCUUCAGUGGUUGGGAGAGAUCAUCAAGAUAUGAAGAUGAAACCAUAAUGCCACCUGGGUUUAGGUUUCAUCCUACUGAUGAAGAGCUCAUCACUUACUACCUCCUCAAGAAGGUCCUUGACUCCAGUUUCACUUGUGCAGCCAUUUCUCAAGUUGAUCUCAACAAGUCUGAGCCUUGGGAGCUUCCUGAGAAAGCAAAACUGGGAGAGAAAGAGUGGUACUUCUUCACACUAAGAGAUCGUAAGUACCCAACGGGGCUGAGAACGAACAGGGCAACAGAAGCUGGUUACUGGAAAGCAACGGGUAAAGACAGAGAGAUCAAAAGCUCAAAGACAAAGUCGCUUCUCGGGAUGAAGAAAUCACUCGUCUUUUACAAAGGCAGAGCUCCUAAAGGUGAGAAAAGCGGUUGGGUCAUGCACGAGUAUCGCCUCGACGGCAAAUUCUCUUACCAUUACCUUACUUCCUCCGCUAAGGAUGAAUGGGUUCUCUCUAAAGUUUGUCUGAAAAGCAGCGUAGUUGUCAGUAGAGAGACAAAGUUGGUCUCUUCUUCUACCGCUUCCGUCGCCGGAGAAGUCUCCUCCGGUGUCAAUGCCUCCUCUUCUGCUCCGAUCAUUGACGCUUUUGCGACGGAGCACGUGUCCUGUUUCUCCAAUUCCUCUGCUACAGCUCAUGCCGAUGCGAGCUUUCCUACGUACCUUCCCGCUCCGCCGCUUGCACUGCCACGUCAGCCUCGACGCAUAGCUGGUGAUGACGUGGCGUUUGGUCAGUUUAUGGAUAUGGGAUCUUUAGGGCAGUUUACGGUCGACGACGCAGCGUUCUUACCGUAUCUACCUCCGACGGUUCUUCCUCCUCCUCAGACGUUCGAACUGUACGGUGGCUCGGCCCUGAGUUGCUGGCCGUUUGCUCUGUGAUGAUCAUUGCUAU